AUGGGAGGCUAUCAUCUUUUUCAGCGCGGUAUUCCGCCGCCGGAUGGAAAACAUGAUGAUUACGACACUCCCAUCCAUCCCCUCGACCCGUUUGAUGUCAAAUACCUUCUCGACGUAGGGAAGUUAACACUGAUCCGCUCAAACGAGUUGGAUGACAAAUGCAAAGGUGACUGGGUCGCCAAACUCCUCGUUCUAUCGCAGAUUAUCUGGUUCUUUGUUCAAUGUAUUGGGCGUGUACUGCAACGUCUACCUUUGUCAGAGCUGGAGAUCAUCACUUUUGCGUAUACGCUGAUGAACUUGAUCAUCUAUGCUGUAUGGUGGGAGAAACCCUAUCAGGUUUCGGAGCCAGUGCGUGUCUAUGAACACCUUCCGGCACGAGCAAAUCUCUGCCAAGAAGAGGGGAGUAUGAUCGAUCUACUCCAUAUGCUUUAUGCGUAUAUUACCGGAGAUCAGGAUGAGUGGACGAACCUACGAAGGCGUUUGAGUACUCCUUCUUUCUACACUGGACGUUUUCGAUUCUCGGAAAAGGAUGGCGACAGCUGGACGACUCUGACCCUGGCAUCCACUGCAAUCGCCUUUGGAUUACCUCACAUCUUGGGCAUUCUUUCCCCAUUCUCCUCUACAAUGUUGCAAAUCCUCUGGAAUAUGUCCACAAUUUUUAUGUGCGCGGCACCUUUGAUUAUCCUGAUACCUUUUCUGCGCUCAAAGGGUAGAAGGCACAAAACCGUCACUGCUUGGAUGAUGGUUCUAUCAGCAAUCGCCCUGCCUAGUAUCUAUGUGAUGUGCAGGCUCAUCACUCUGAUGAUUGCAGCUCUGUCACUCCGAAAUCUCCCGCCAAAGGCCUUUCACAAUAUCGAAUGGUCGCGUUUUUUCCCUCAUAUCUAA